GUUUGCGCCAUGUUCGCGCUGCUGCAGCUCAGCCGCUAAUACAGCUCCGUGCACGCCUUGGGGCAUGGGUGGAAAAAGAAAAAAAAAAAUUACAGCUAGCAUAAGGUGGGAAGGCGUGAGAAUCGUGUCGGCGUGAAUUUCUGUGUGUAAAGGAGAGAUCAGACGCAGGAGGGAUUAUUUCCGUCGUUCGCCUGUGUGCGUGCGCGUGCGUGCGUGCGUGCGCGCGUUUGAAGGCUGCUGGCCCUGUUUUAGGAGAGCGAAUGGAUCUUGUUCGGUUUCGCAGCGGAUGAACGGAGCUCCGUCCUUCUCUCUGCCACCGGCUCUCCUUAUUCAUUUGAUAACAUCAUCAUCAUCAUUUUUCAUCAUCUGGACUCUCUCGGACCUGUAUAUGACGACGGUGUGGGGACAGUAAUGACAGCACGCUUCCGGUUGCCUGCUGGCCGAAGCUCCGAUGUGGGAGAGUCUGAAGUGGCACGAGACAGACCGAGCUCACAGGUGGUGUGUAACGUUUUGCUGCUGGACAACACGGUGCAAGAAUUCAGUGCUAAUAAGCAGGAUCAGGGUCAGGUGUUACUGGAUGCCGUUUUUAAACAUCUGGAACUGACAGAGCAAGACUAUUUCGGGCUUCAGAUCACAGACGACUCCUCGGACAGCCAGAGGUGGCUGGACCCGAGCAAACCGCUAAGGAAACAGUUGAAAAGGGUCGUUCCAAAUAAUCUGAGUUUUAGGGUUAAGUUUUUCGUGAGCGAUCCGAGCAAACUUCAAGAGGAGUACACCAGGUACCUGUACUUUUUGCAGUUGAAGCAGGACAUCCAGAGUGGGAAGUUACCGUGUCCCCAGAAUGCAGCAGCAGUUUUGGCCUCUUACGCUAUUCAGGCCGAGUUGGGGGACUACAGCCAAUCAGAGCAGUCACUGGACUACCUUUCGGAAUACAGCUUCAUCCCAAAUCCGCCGGAGGAUUUCGAGAAGGAGGUCGCCAAACUGCACCAGCAGCACACUGGACUCACUCCUGCUCAGUCAGAGUUUAACUACUUGAAUUCUGCCAGUUCUUUAGAGCUGUAUGGAGUGGAACUGCACUAUGCUCGAGACCAGAGCAACGCCGAGGUCUGUAUUGGAGUGAUGGCUGCUGGGAUCUGCAUUUAUAAAAACAGGGUACGGAACAAUCACUUCCCAUGGGUGAAAAUCGUCAAAAUAUCUUUCAAAUCAAGACAGUUUUUUAUCCAGCUCCGAAAAGAGGCGAGUAAAAGCAGGGAGUCGCUGUUGGCCUUCAGCAUGGCGAACUACAGGGCGUGUAAGAACGUGUGGAAGGCCUGCGUGGAGCACCACACCUUUUUCCGACUGGAGCGGCCCUUACCACCCCAAAAGAACUUCUUCACACACUACUUCACUCUCGGCUCUAAGUUCCGUUACUGUGGAAGAACGGAGGCUCAGUCUGUCCAAUACGGAAAAGAGCAAGGAGUCAAGGACAGAGUGUUCGCCAGAUCGCCCAGCAAGCCGAUGGUCAGGAGGAUGGUGAGUGGGACAGACUGGGAGACAGUGAGCAGGAACUCCCUGUCAGACGAACGACUGGAAACGCAGAGCCUGCCCAACCGCUCGCGCCCGGGCUCGCCCAAUCAUUCUAUAUUCACUGCGGAUGGCACACGUGUCCGGCCGUCCUCCAUCGGGCACCUGGUAGAUCACGUUAUCGAUGACUCGGUGUGCCAGGCUUUCACCAACCACAAGUCGGCAUCGUCCACGCAGGCUAACAGCAUCAGCCUGGACUCCACACCAUCACCAGACAGUGCGAUAGACAGCCAGCCUCCUGCUCUUCCACCGAAGCAGUCUAGGAAGAACCUGAUCAGUCACAUCAGCCAAUCCCGAUCUGAACUGGAGCUCGAUGAGCACGCCUCCGAACUCUACGACAUGCCUAUAGCCUCGGAUAAGAGCAUGAACGGUGCGGUUCCACACGACAACCUUGUGCUGAUCAAAAUGAAACCGGAUGAAAACGGACGCUUCGGCUUCAACGUCAAGGGUGGCGCUGAUCAGAGAAUGCCAAUCAUCGUGUCUCGUGUCGCUCCUGGAACUGCGGCUGACCUGUGUGUACCGCGUCUGAACGAGGGUGACCAGGUGGUGCUGAUAAACGGGCGGGACAUCUCCGACUACACGCACGACGACGUGGUCAUGCUGAUUAAGGCCAGCUGUGAAAACCAAUCGGGAGAGCUCAUUCUGCUAGUGAGGCCCAAUGCAAUCUACGAUGUGGACGAGGAAGAGGAGAAGCUGGACCUGGAGCCGGAGUUCCAGUACAUUCCAGAAAGCUGCUCUUUAGACCGGUCACACUCGGAACCAGACGGAUGGAAAUCGUCCUUCCAGAUCCUGCGAGAAGGACUGAGCACCGGGACAGUCCUCGCUCAAUUUGACCAACUGUAUCGAAAAAGACCGGGGAUGUCCAUGUCCUGUGCCCGGUUACAGCAGAACCUCUCGAAGAAUCGCUAUCGGGACAUUUCACCAUAUGACGCAACCCGAGUCGUCCUAAAAGGAGCCGAGGACUACAUCAACGCAAACUACAUCAAUAUGGAGAUCCCAGGUGGAGGUGGGGUAAGACGGUACAUUGCAUGCCAGGGCCCGUUACCCAGCACUUGUUGCGAUUUCUGGCAGAUGGUAUGGGAGCAGAGCAUCACCCUGGUGGUCAUGCUCACCACGCAGGUGGAACGGGGCAGGGUGAAAUGCCAUCAGUACUGGCCUAACGUCUCUGCCACGGGCGGUUACGGCAACUUCCAGGUGUCCUGCGUGUCUGAGGAUGGGAAAUCGGCGUAUCUGCUCCGAGAGCUGACUCUCACACACGUGGAGACAAAAGAAGAGAGGCAGAUAUGCCAGAUGCAGUACAUGGCUUGGCCCGAUCACGGCGUUCCGGAUGACUCCACCGAUUUCCUGAGCUUUGUUAACUUGGUGCGCAGUAAGCGAGGAGAGUCACAGGACCCCGUGGUUGUGCACUGCAGCGCCGGGAUUGGUCGCACAGGGGUUCUGAUCACCAUGGAGACAGCGAUGUGUCUGAUCGAGCGGAGUCAAGACGUAUAUCCAUUGGAUAUUGUCCGAGCCAUGAGAGACCAGCGAGCCAUGAUGAUUCAAACUGCAAGUCAGUACCGGUUUGUAUGUGAAGCCAUUCUGAAAGUGUACGACGAAGAGAUAGUGAUGCCACUGGACGUGCCGGAGUCGACUGCCAGCGCAACAGAGGAAUAAAAGAGCAGCCCCACCCCCCCACCCCCACCCGUCCCCCCAUCCCGGAUUCCUUUGCUUUCGCAACAGUCCUGCUGUCGCCCCCUGGUGGACGGCUGCGUACAAGACCUUGACCCCUGCAAAUUGGAACAUGGGCGACAAAGCACUAUUUGCACUUUAGAAACAAAAUGACCACUUGAGGGGAUUUACUAAAAAGACAAAUUCAUCAGGGUGUGUUGUGUAAUCAUUAACUUUUUAACCGCGAUAAACAUUCAGGGUUGGAAGCAGAACUGAACGGAAUAGAUGAAGUGACUUCUUGUAGUGCCAUACACUGAAAUGAGCCAACCUGGAACAAACUCUUGGAUCACUUUCCUCUGUCAAAUGCUAUUUAUGAUUUAAUUAUUAUUUUUUUUAAAUGGGCCCGUGUCCCCCCUCACAGUCCGCCAUUUCAUUUUGUGGUACACAAAUUUACGUCUUUUGAAAUCCCCCGGGUAUCCUGCGCUGUGAAAAAAUCAAGUUUUCGGUGUCUGUUCAUUGCUCUGAUGCUUUAGGGGGAAAAAAAAACAAAAACAAACAAACAAACAAAAAAAAACCCCACUUUGACAUGCACUCUUUCCGUUUAGGUCUUGAAUCUCUGUUAAAUUCAUAGAAAGGUUUAGGCCAGCAGCUAAGGGUUUAACUACUGUAUACAGUGUACGAAAUAAUGUGGAAUAACGAUGUGAAAAUCUUCCUUGUUAGCAGAACUUUGCUGUAACAUUUACCUAUACGACACACCAGAUCAGGCUGACUGCUUUGGCAUGAAAUUUUAAUUUUAAGCUUAUGGGUCACACCCGUGAUGUCAUUUAAAUCUAUAAUAUAUUUUACCCCAUGUGAAUUUUGUUACCUACUGCAUGUCAGCAGAAAUCGUUAGAGGCUCGUGUGUGCUUGUACCACAUUUCAACAUGCAGAUUGUUUUUUUUUGUUUGUUUUUUUAAGCAGACUACUGAUAUCUCACAUUAACAGUUCUCACUGGAGAUCUAAAGUCAGUGAUGUAGGCCAUGAUGUUCCUUCACCUGCCUCACUGAUGUGAAGGUGCUAUAGCCCAGGCCCGGGUUCUAUAGCAUCCCUAUAUCAACAUCAGGUAACUAGUAUAGCCAGACUAACCAAGGUACUAAAAGCCUUGGCCCCCUAUACAUGGGCUAAGGAAACAAUACCGUCCCUGCCCCUGUACUGGAGUACCUAAGGUAAAGGUGCUGUAGACUAGAAUCUUAAACUGGUUGAGAAAAUAAUACACUCAUCCAUGUCCCAAACUACCCAAGGUAAAGGUGCUAUAGACUAAACCCCUGUCACAGGCUAAGGAAACGAUAAUAUACACCUUGUCCUUGUCCUUGUCCUUGUCCUUGGGUAGUUAAUCGCUGCAACUGGUAGACUCUGUCCCAAACUACCCAAGGUAAAGGUGCUAUAGUCUAGACCCUUGUAACUGGCUAAAAAAAAAUGAUAUAGACCAUGUUCCUGUUCUUGCGUAGCUAAUGUAAUGGUGCUAUAGAUUUAAUCCUUGUAAUUGGCACAACACCAUAUCUGACUAACAAAGUUGAAGAUCCUAAAAGUCUGAUCUUUGCACCUACCUGAGAUAAAGGCAUCAUUUCUGCAGCCAGUUUCUGAUACCAAGAAUAAAUAUGAUCAUUUGUCACAUGGACAUAACAUUACCGUCCUGUCUUUGGAUAGCCCAACUGGGUCACCAGUCUGGGGUCAACCAUGAUAAUGAACCCCCGGAACAGAUCGUGGUAAGGGCCUUCCUCUGAGAUAUUUAGUAAAUUUGGUCAUAGUGGAAACUUGGAUUCUGUAAGGCUCGAACGCCUGACUCUUAUCCCCAUCUUCACCUCCAUUGGCAGGGCCUUUAACACCAUUGCCUUAGUAGUUAUUGUUGAGUUCAUAAAGGAAAGACUAUAGAGAUUAUAAAGAGUAUAUAACUAAAUAUUAGGUUCUAUGCUAAAUAAAUGAUAUUUAAGGAUUUACGCCUAGUUAGGAAUGAUAAAUGUACUGUAAACCCCGUACCUUACUCAGUUAAAGGUCCUAUUGGGACCGUCCCAAGCCAAUGCAGAUGCUGUUGAUUCCCAAUUCUUAACACUUUAACUGGACAAUUGACAUAACUUGGUCAUCGCUAUAGACCCGUGUACCUGAGUAAUUAAAGUAAAUGCCCUGUAUUUACCAUAGCCCAUAUACACAAUAUGACUUGUCAUAACUCCUUCAUCCAUUGUGAAUAUCCAAUCUGCUAAAGCCCAAGUUGUGGAAUACGCCCCGAGUUCGCUUUGUUGUUAGUCUCCCUUGACCCUAAAGAAACUGGAAGAAAAAAAAAAAUGAUGCGACCAACUACUGUUUUUAUGUCUUGCUCUUACUUCAUCUGUCCUGUUUUAACAAUUGCAUUCCAUGAUAUAAGGGAUUUGGCUUCCAGGACCAACACAUUUUCAUCCUAAUGAAUGUCCAUCAAGCAGACAUGCGAGCUUCCGUGCGUGUUGUGAUGAAUCUUAAGCUAUAGAUUUGCUAUUAAUAUUGUGUUGGGACAAUGGUAUUUUUGUAUUUUAAAGUUGAGAGGGGGAAAAAGUAAAUCAGAGACAACACUUUGCAGCUGACUUUGUAGCCUGUCGAGCUACUUUAUUCUUACUGUAGUUAUGGGCAAGGGGGAGUCAUGUUGAAAUUAUAUUUAUGUGGAAAAUUUGUUAAAUAGAGACACCUGUAGGAACAUCUUAACUACACAGUGUCAAAUGUUAAAUAUUUGUAAAUAUGUUGUUAUAUAUUAAAAGUGUUCUGAAAAGA